AUGCACAUCCAGGCGUGUAGAGACUACUACCAACGCGCCUUUGAUGAAGUUGAUGAUGCGAUGUGGAAGAUCCAAAGCCCUAGAUCCCGAGACCGCAACAGGGACGUUUACGAUUUCCACACUGAGCAUUCUCAUCAAGAAUCGGAUGAUGAGCAUUUUGAGGCCGCUGCCGGCCACAGGCAAGAGCUAACAGUCAUGGCAGAGAAGUUCAUUGAGAGACUAUCUGGCGCGAUGAAGGCGGUCGCGUCCCAAGAGCGCUUGGUUCGCGAGCCUAUUCGAGGGUCACAAGUCAAGGAAAGAAGCACACGAGACUCAGGCGGGCACCCAUCAAAGCUUCGCCACGAAGAGGACGCACCCCGGGGUGGAGGUGGAGUUGCGAGAGGGCAAGCCGCGAGUGGAUCGGGUGGCCCGGCGAGGACAGCAAAGCAGAGCGCGAUGACACCCAGUAACGGUGUGUCAGCAGUCCGACCAGGGGCCGAGUCAAUAAGCGACCGAUCCUCUAAGGAUAGCUCGAUAUCGACCGUGACCCCUUUGGGUAUCGCCCCUGCCGCCCGUCUGGAAACGGGCGGUAAUGGUGACUCUCUAAGCUCUCCCGAACUGCGGCGGCACAUCGCAGCGUAUCUUGGCGCGGACACGACCUGGUCAGAAGAGGAAGACUCUGCUAUCAUGGCACAUCUCAGGGCCGGACGGCGCAUGGAAGUUAGGAAACUUGGGGAAAAGCUUGGCCGGGACGAGGCGGAGCUUAGACAUCGGAUCUCCACGCUCAAGGUUAUUGCGAGGAAAUCUGCCAGAAACGCAACCUCAAGAAGUUUUCGUCACUCAAUUCGCAUCUCCUACCCUAACAUCAUGGCCGACAACGAGAGUUUCGAAGUCGUUUCCCACGACGAAGCUGCCCCCGCUGGCCCUGUUCCUACCGAAUCCAGCCCGGCCCCCUCGUCGCCACCUUCCACGACGAACGGAACGACCAAGCCCAAGACGACACCCACAACGGGCACCGCUUCCAAGACUACCACCGGUGUUCGCCGCCCCGUUACCGGCGCAUCGGCUGCCGCCAAGCCCACAGCUUCCGCGACCGCUCGGGCUGCGGGCGGUCUUAGCAAGCCUCCCACUCGUCCCCCGUCUCCUCUUCUGUCCGUCGACCGACAACCUCUAGAUGAGAGCAAGAAGCGCACUUUGGCUUCUAGCGCCCGUCGCACCUCGGCCGUCUCUGGUGCCGUAAGCUCGGCUUCCCCAGCGAGGACAGCCGAGCGAAAGCCCGGGACUGGUACUGCCACUGCUCCCUCCGCUGCGAGCACCGCAAGACGCGCCGCGACAGGGACUGCUUCUGCGUCACCAAGAUCCGCUGCCGGCACGACUUCUACAAGAACAGCUGCCUCUGGCGCUCCGGCGGCUGCUGGGACCGCCUCCGCCACCAGAACGCGUCCCGCUGCCACCGGGGUCGUUGCUGAAGCGAGAAAGAGGCUCUCCAUCGCCAGUGGUACCAGCGCUGUUGGUUCCUCCGCCGCCAAGUCCGUUGCCGGUGCCUCUGCUGAGGAGCUCGAAGGCCUUAAGGCCAAGUUGGCUGAAAAGGAGUCGGAAAUUGAAUCCCUCAAAGCCCAGGUCCAGACUGCCGAAGACAAGGUCAACGAACUUGGCCAGCAGGUGCAGGCUGAUGAAGCCGGUGUAAAGACAGCCGAGGAAACGAUUCGAAGCCAGCAUGCGGAUCACAUCUCCGAGCUCAAGGCGGAGCACGAGAGCGCCAUCGCGGAUCUCGAAGGCCAGGUCGCGGCUGCGAACGAGAAGCUCCAGACCGCCGAAGCUAGCCUCGAAGAGCAGAAGGUGCAGUACUCUGACCUUGUUGCCGCCAAGGAGGCUGCCGAAGCCGAACUUGCUUCCCUAAAGCAGAGCAUCGACGCUUUGGAGGCGGCGCACGCUGAGAAGUUGAGCGAGUCCGAGGCCGCCCUCAACAAGAUUGUGGAAGAGCAUUCUAGUGCCAUCCAGGCCCUGCAGGCACAGCAUGCUACGGAGCUGGAGAAGCUCUCUGCUGAUUCCUCCGACAGUGCACAGGUUGUUGCUGCUCUAAAGGCUGGGCACGAAUCCGCCCUCGCCGAGCUUCAGCAAAGCGCCGCAGCCUCCGCCGAAGAACACUCUACCAAGGUUGCUACCCUCGAGGCCCAGGUGUCCGAGCUCUCCACCAAGGUGGAAGAUGCUGGAAAAGCUUCCCAGGCGGCCGAGGCUGAGCUUGAAGCAAAGGCUGCGGAGCUCGAGGAAUCAAAGGCAAAGCUGUCCGAGCUUGAAGCACAACUCAGCGCCGUCAAGGUUGAGCUGGAUGCGUCCAACGAGAAGCUUGCGGCCUGGGAGGAGAAGGCUGCUACCGCCCAACAAGAAGUUAGCGCAAAGGACGAGAAUCUCAAGGAAGUUAUGAGGAAGCAUGAAGAACAGCUGAAGCAGGUUUCUCAGGAUUACGAGGAUGAGAUUGAGAGCCUGAGGGGCGACGCCUUCUUCAAGCGCAAAUUCCAGGAACUCGAGGUGAAGCAUAACGAGCUCACUGACUCCCACGCCACCGCCGCGGAGAGCCACAAGCAAGCCCUUGAAGCCGCGACAAAGGAACACGAGGCCGCAGUAGCCGCUCUCAAGGUGCGUGAAGAGGAGUUCCAAAAGGAUCUUGCUGCUCUCCAAGCAAGCCACGCCGAGGAGCUCCACGGUGCCCGUCAUACCGCCGAAGGGGCCCUUGAGACUACCAUGGGCGAAUUGAAGGAGAGCCACGCCAAGCAAAUUGACGUUCUCAAGACGGAAAGCGAGGCCGCUCUCGCAAAGGAGCUCGACGCUCUUGCCACUUCGCAUGCCGCGAUUCUUGAGGAGCUGAAGAAGGCGAGCGACGCAGAGAAGCAAGACCUCGUUGCUACCCAUGAGCAGGAGCUUGCCAAAACCAGGGAAACCGGCGACAGCGCCCAUGCGGCUGAAGUUGAGCAGCUCAAGCAGGCUCUCAGCGAAGCCCAAGCCGAUGCUGCAGCUAGCACAAGCGCUCAGACAGCCACUAUCGAGAAGCUGAUGAAGGACCUUGAGGCUGCCCAAGCAGAUGCCGAAGCGGCCCAGGCUCAGAUCCUUGCUGCCCAAUCCCAGGUUGAGGCGAGCGCGGGUGCGCACAGCGCUGAGAUUGAGAGCCUCAAGGCUGAUCUCGAGGCUGCUGUGGCCCGAGCUGAGUCUGGAGCCAGUGCGCAUGGCGCUGAAAUCGAGAGCCUAAAGAAGGACCUCUCGGAGGCCAAGGCGGAGGUUGAGAAGGCCCAGGCCGAUCUUGCGUCCGCUCUAGAAGCUGCCAAGCAGGAGCUUGAAUCGUCGCACGCAGUGGAAGUGGAGAAGCUCAUUUCGCUCAACGCGGAAGCGAUAGAAGCUUUGAAGAAGCAGUCGGCGGAGGAUGCUGCGUCCCAGGCUGAGACCAUUGCCCUGCUCAAGGAGACGCAAGCGAAGACCCUCGACGAGCUGACGGCCGAGCACGAGAAUAGGCUCGCUGCUCUCACGAGCGAGAGCACCAAGUAUCAGGCCGCUGCUCAGGAGCUUGAGACUGUGAAGGAAACUCUGAGCAAGGUUCAAGCCGACGCGGAGGACCUCGGCCAGCAGCUAGCGCAUGAGAAGAUGGAACGUGCCGUUGCCCAGGCUGACCUCGACGCGUCCCGCAACGUGAAGCCCGACACCUCGGAACUUGACGCCCUCAAGGAAACUCUUCAAUCCCAGAAGGAGGCGCACGAAACCCAGCUUGCAGCCGUCCAGGAGAGCUCUCCAACCUCAAGCUCGACGUUGAGGGCCGACUACGAAGAGAUGCACCACGCGAUGACGGAGCUCAUCGAAUCGGAACAAAAGAAGACCAAGGAUCUCCAAGAGUCGCUCGAGGCGCUCGAGAAGAAGGUGGAGGAGAAGGAAAAGGUGGUUGAUGAGCUCGACGCGCUGCUCAAAGUGAAGGAUGCUGAAAUUGCGGAGGCAAAGGCCAACGCGGCUGCGGCCCCAAAGGACAAGACGGUUGACGCCGACGCCGAGAACGAGACCGCCGCGGCUGAAGGUGAGGAAAAUGACUAUUCAUCUGCCGCAUUAGCUUCGCUGGCAAAAGCUAGAGUAACUGCCAAGCAGAUGGACUCGGUCGAGUCUGACAUUAGGGAGCGUAACCGAGAGAUGCUCAACUCGAUCACGGACAUCAAACAGUCUGCUUAG